AACAGAAAGCCAAACAAGUUUCAAAAAUUGAAGGCAGGCUUCAUGGCUUGGUACCCCAACCCAGACCACAGACUUCAAUGCUUAUUUUGAAGUUAGACUUGUGAAUGCAUUCAGGCCUCUGGUUCUUCAAAUUAACCUGCAAGCAAUCAGUCUCUAAAACCCUUCUUUCAAUCUAGGAGCAGAAGUGAUGUUGGUGACACCUUGCUGGAAAGCCAUAGAGCCAAUCAAGCACCACAUUCAUCUCAGCAACCACAGAGACCUUGUGAUUUUCAGAAGAUCCAUAUGUGUUCAAUUUCAGUGAGCUGGGAGGACGAGAUCAGUCUCUUAUAUUUUGAGUAGGUAAAUCACUUCUACUGAAGAAUAUAAGCAAUUGGCUACAGUAAGAGUCAACCAUAUGACAAGUAAAAGCUAACCAUGGAGAUCAAUUGUUUUUGUACUGGAAAGGCAAUAAAGAGAUUUGACCUAGCGUUUCCAACAAUUCAGCCAACACCAGCAGUUUCAUUUGUGCCAGCAACCCAGUGCCUGGCAAGUGGAGAAAUCUGGUCAAUAUCAAUGAAUACAAGUGGUGUUGAUUGUAGCCAUGACAGCAAAGCUACACUUGUCAAGCAAAUAGCAUGAAGUUGUAGCAAAGUGUCAAGCUAAGGGAAUUAAGCGGUGUCACCUAGUUUAGUUAGUUUUUGAAUAUAAUUUAAGUAAUGUUAUGUUAGUUUUUCAGUCUUAGUUUGAAUUGCUGUAAUGUGAACUUUUGUAGUUUACUGUGACGUAUGCACUCUGGACAAAUACAGGAGACAAGGUAGC